UUAGGACACGAGACAGCGCUGUGUUGAAGCACGUUCGCCGUGUGUACGCGUGUGUCGCGUGAGGUAGUUUUCUUCUCCGUUUUCUUUCCGCUCUGGCACUGCUGCACCAUCUGCGAAAACUCGUAUCGAUACGCCACGAGCGUACUCCCAAACCCCCCGGAAAGUGGAUAUACCUCGGAAGCGCCCGUGUGCAUCGACGAGCGACGAGACACAUCGAAACGAUGGCAGCGCGCUAAUCAUCCGCAAACAAUGUGCCACGAUUUAGCGCACGGUGAAUGGAAUCAAUGGAAUUAAUCGCGCGUGCAUUGCCGUCCUCAUUUGUGUGGUAAACAGGCACGGCCGUCUGGUGUGGUGCAUAAACGGUGCAAGGCUGGGCGCCUCCAUCGGUGACAUACACCCACCCGCGGCACGUCAGAAGUGUUUUGCAUCGAUUAUGUUCACCAUGAAUGGAUACGCGCCAGUGCUGGGCCUACGAUAUUUGUGACUGGCAGUGAUUUGAAAUGUGUAUUUUUUCCCUCGGCCACCACACCACCACGGCACAUCCUCCGUCGGGCUUCGUGAAGGAAUUAUGUCAAAUUAUUGUCGUUUUUCGCAUCGCGUACACAAGGGCGGUGUGUGAUGUGGGCGGAACCGAAAAGGGAAUAGAAAUGCACGGCGAUACCGCGAGUGCCUGCAAGGACAUCGUUCCGUAGCGACCGUUUGGCAUUGAACAGCACUUCAUCCCUGUCGUUGGGUAAGAGCGUGUGUCAGUGGCUGCGUGUGUGUGUGUGUCUGUGCCAGAGGAAGUGCAUCGGUGCGGUUGUUUAGCUGGUUCGUUAGCCAGCCAUCGUUGGCGAGGACCAGCGAGUGCAAUGGAUGUGUGUGCGAGGUGGAUUAUUCAUCGCCAGCAAGCCCAAGGCUGUGGGUAGUGAGCGCUCGUGUCGUCGCGUUUUGCACGGUUCAUCCGCAUCCGGUGGGAUUACGCCAGUUAUGCAGCUCGUCGCGGCCCACCGUGGCUGCUAGCUGCUUCAGAAAAACAAGAGCAGUGAGAUAAAAAGAAUCGCUUCACGUUCGAGUACCGUCAAGUGCGGGCGUCACACGAGGGCGUAUGCAGUGAGUGAUUGCAUUUGUCCAGCACCACCAGUUCUUCAGAUCAGAUGCUGGUGCAUGGCGAGUGAGCAGAAGUUUUGAGCUGGUGUCUUUGACGUGUGAAGGCAAAAAUGUAUCACAGCAGUGGGUGAAAACAAAUGAUUCAAGUUAGUUUACUCCACAGUUUUGAUGGUUUACGAGCAGUGGAGUUAGGUGAAAGCAAACAUAAAUAAGCAAAGCCCUUCGGGCAAAGUGCAGUUCCAAUCAAAGUGUGGUGAUAGAGCUUUAACGGAGAGUGAUGUUUGCCAAAGAAAUAUUCAGCAAAUAAAGUGAAUAUCCAAGUGAAUCCAAGUGCAAUCAAUAGUCGAUUCUUGCUGUGAAAAAAAAAACGUAAAAGUGAAGCAAGUUAAAUGGAAUAACGAAAUAAUAAUUUAAAGCUUCCCGUGUGAAAAAAUCAUUAUCCCUGUAUCUUCUCCCGUUAUUUUGGGGCUCAGAAAAGCAAGUCAAACCCAAACCGACCCCCCACGAUAGUGCACAGUACCGUGUAAUACGAUUACGAAAGUGUACCCUCCCCAAAACCGUGUACAGCCGCGAAAGGUGAAGCGCAGUGCAAAAUAUAUAUAUAUAUGUGUGUGAUGUAUGAGCUUACACAGCAAUGUGGCAGCUGAAGCCUGCACCGGCAGCCGAAACGACCCGAAUAAAGUAACCAUGCUGCCAGCAACGGUGAUUAUUGUGGUGGUUGUUUUCACCGUUUCGCUGGUGGCUCCCAUUAAUUCCGCUGGAUCCGGCAGUAGUGGCAGCAGUGGCGGUGGUGGUGGCAGCAGCAGUAGUGGCAACAGUGGUGGUGGUGGUCCGGGCACCAGUGCCAACAUGGACGAGAACGAAACGCUCAAGAAGUCGACCAGCUCGCGGAUCGUGCACACAAAGUAUGGAUCCGUUUCCGGCACGAUCGAACACCUGGACGGGCGCCAUCUGGAUCCGGUCGAGGCGUUCCGCGGCGUACCGUACGCUUCGCCCCCGGUGGGCAACCUGCGGUUCAUGCCCCCGGUGACCGGGGCGCUCUGGUCGGGUGUGAAAAAGGCAGACAGAUUCAGUCCCGUCUGCCCGCAGCGGCUGCCCGAUAUCUACAACGAAACGGCUGCCCUGGAACGGAUGCCACGCGGUCGGCUGGAAUACCUGCGACGACUCCUGCCCUACCUGCGCAAUCAAUCAGAGGACUGCCUGUAUCUCAACAUCUACGUUCCAACGCAAGCUGGUUCGCGGGAAAGCUCCAGCUCCUCCAAGUAUGCCGUCGUGGUGUUCGUGCACGGUGAAUCGUACGAAUGGAACAGUGGGAACCCGUACGAUGGAUCUGUGCUAGCAAGUUAUGGACAAAUUUUAGUAGUUACAAUCAAUUAUCGUUUAGGAGUAUUAGGAUUUUUAAAUGCCAACGUGGACCGGUUCUCGAAAGCGCCGGCCAACUAUGGUCUGAUGGAUAUCAUCGCCGCCCUGCACUGGAUACAGGAAAACAUCGAGGCCUUUGGCGGUGACCCGAAAAGUGUGACGCUUGCCGGGCACGGUACCGGUGCCGCGUGUGUUCAUUUUCUGAUCGCCUCCGCAGCUGUACCAGAAGGGCUGCUGUUUCAUCGGGCGAUCAUGAUGUCCGGGUCGGGGCUUGCACCGUGGUCGCUGGUAGGCGAACCGGCCAAGUUUGCCGCAUACGUAUCGCACCACGUGAACUGCUCGCCCGAUCUACCUCACCAGCUGCUGCUGAAGUGCUUGCGGGACAAACCGCUAGAGGACAUUCUAUCCACCAGCGUACGGGCACCAGAUUUCGGGAACGCGUUCGGUCCCAGCGUGGACGGUGUUGUAAUAGACACGGGCGAAAUACAGCAGAUGGAUGGGACGCACUACAGCGAUUACAAUGGGAAUCCCUCGGCUUCGAAACCAUCCGCUCAUAUCCACAACACGCUCAACACGAUCAAUGCGAUACUGUUGCGCAAACUAGCUAUUAACAAAUUGUCCAAGUACGAUCUGCUGGUGGGUGUGACGCGUGCCGAGGCGUACUUUGCUUUCAACUCCGAAGACGUCCAGUACGGCAUCGAGGCGGACCGGCGGACGAAGAUACUGAAGAACUACGUCCGGAGCACCUACAGCUUUCAUCUGAACGAAAUACUGGCCACGAUCGUGAACGAGUACACCGACUGGGAGCGUCCGGUACAGCAUCCCAUCAAUAUACGAGAUGAAACGCUGGAAGCGUUGAGCGAUGCACGUAUCGUGGCGCCUGCCGUACAAACGGCCGACCUACAUUCCGCUGAUCACCGCAAUUCGUUCCUGUACGUGUUCGAUUACCAGACGAAAUUUGGCGAUUUUCCUCAGCGACAGGGCUGUAUCCAUGGGGAGGAUCUGCCGUAUCUGUUCGGUGCGCCACUGGUCGGCGGAUUCAAUCACUUCACGCGAAACUACACCAAGUCCGAAAUCGCCCUCUCGGAAGCGGUUAUGAUCUACUGGUCAAACUUCAUCCGCACCGGUAAUCCGAACGAGCAGCUAGAAAAUGAUCACGUACGCGACCGGACACGCUUCAAGAACAUCGAAUGGACGCCGUAUGAGAGUGUGCACAAAAAAUAUCUCAAUCUCGACACAAAACCCAAGCUGAAGAACCACUACCGAGCGCACCGGCUGUCCUUCUGGUUGAACUUGGUGCCGGAUUUGCAUAAGCCGGGCAAUGACGAUGUCCCCAGCGGGCACCACGAGCUCGAACCGGACGACGAGGAACCGCCACCGGCCAUGCCCACGGUGAAGCCGCUCAAUCCACCCCAGCGCGAUCCGGCUACAAUCGGGUCGAAUUAUACACUCUUCACCACGCAGGUCUUUUCGCUGCUCAACUUCUCCUCGUACGGUAUCCUUCCGAACGGCAGCCGACAUCAUCCGGGCACACGUCCCAUCCAUCCGGUGACGGCGGAAUCUUCCGAGGGUGGAGACGAUGACGGCACGGGUGCGGGUGGUGUUGGGCCAGGUGGAAUGUCUUCCUCGCAAGAAGAUGGUUUUGCAGCGUACAGCACCGCGCUCAGCGUUACGAUCGCGAUCGGAUGCAGUCUGCUCAUACUGAACGUGCUAAUCUUUGCCGGCGUGUACUAUCAGCGUGAUAAGACGCGGCUUAAUGAACCGCGAGGCGGUUCCGGCAUGGGUCCCGGUGGUCACGGUACACUGCAGACCAAGAAACGCAACGAAAAUGGCCAAAUGCCGAACAACAUCUGCGGCGAGCUCGAGAGUCUCACGAUCCACUCGAAAACGGACCCAUCCACAAUUCUGGGCCACCAUCAUCCGGCCCUGCAGCAUCACCAGAUGCCACCGCCCGAGUUUGCCGAUCUGCCGCAGCGGGCACCACCGCCACCCAAGCAUCUGAAAUCGGUCCCGGGCGAUGGUGGAGGGAUGCUGCCGGCGCACGCCCUUCAACUAAUCGGCAGCAACUGUGGUACGCUGACGAAGAAAAGCUGCGUGAAGUCGAACCUGACGGCGGCCACGGUCGGCGGUGGCGGCGUGGGCCAUCCUUCGCAGAACGUUACGAUGGACGAGCUGCGCGUGUGACGUUAAGUGUCGUUCGCUCUCGAGGACCGAACGGUAGUGGGCCCCGAUCAAGGACACAUGCUGAUGAACCUGGGCGACAGUAGAAGCCUUGCGAUCGAUGGCGCUAUGACUGCCCUGUAGCGAGGCCGGACGAUGGGACUGGCUCCCGAUCAGGGAGGGGAGUGGGUGGUGGGGAUGGAUGGGGGUCAGUCUGCCACAGGUCGGUCACUGCCGCGCGGAAGCCCGAGAGAGCGGAUGCUGAUGAUGAAUUUCAAUAGGUUAUGAAUAAUUAGGCGCAAAGGUAUGGUGCUCCCACAAAGGUAUGACCCGAACGUGAAGGUAUGGCAAGCAGAGCAGCCAAUUUUUAGUCGAAAAUCGAGUAUAUAAAAAAAACAACAUGCCAAACUGAGGGGCAUGUCCAGCAGCAGUAGCUACACUGCAUACAGUUUCUCAAGAGCCAUGUUGGGUUUAUGACAGAUCAAAGGAAGUAAGCUCAAUUUGUAUUAAUCUUUGCUUUUCUGAUAUGUUGUGAUCGUUUGCUAUCAUUUUUAAGUGAGAUAGAGCCAGCAAAGAUGCAACCCCAGCGUUCGGGCUGGCUCAUCUUGAAGAUCAGUCAUAGGAAAUUAAAGCCAAUAGUUAUGAUCUUUUGAACUAAUUUUGAAUAUCUUAAUACUAGGUUACCCAUCUUAAAAUACACAAUACCGGUCACCCACCCCAACAACUAUCUCCGGUUAUUGGUUUUUCCCCAAUCUUUCCAUCCUAAAUCAACUGGCGCUAUAGAAACUGGACGCAGUGUAGCGUGUGCGAGAGAGUGCGUGUGUCUGUGAGGGCGAACUUUUCCAAAGGAAUUGAUGAUGAUGGUGGUUGGUGCUGAUCUGAUGGGACGGUACAUCCCCCGCCUGUUUAUUAUGGCUCGGUAGCAUGUUCCGUUGCUAGGAGCAGGUGUAAUUAAUCAAUAAUGAUGAGGAUGGCCACCGGGACGAGCGAGCGAGCGACGGGCACACAAACGAUCCGCCCUUUUUACACCGCCCCAACGUUCAUUUCCGUAUUCUUCCCCUAUCCCGCGGCAAGCGGUGCCAAUCCCGGGGAGGGUAGUGGUUCGUGUGGUGGUGUGCGAGGUGGUAAAAUUAAAACAUUAAUUUUGCAUUUCUGCCAGCCGAACGGUUUUCGCCUAUGAUUUAUCAGUGACACUUCCUGAGCUAAAUUAUCCUGGCCCCGCUGCCGCUCGGUCAACGCGCCUAUUCGGAUGAGCUAGUGCCAGUCAAAGGUCACCUUCGGCACCGUGUGCUCUUGAGCUGCGAAGGAUGAGCUCUUAAUUUUCGAUCCAUCCUUGAAAGAACCAACAAGCGCGCGCCUCGUACCCCGCAAACCCAAAUCACCGUCACCGGACGACGGGAAUAGCUAAAUUAAUGAUUAAACCAUUUCGCCUACGGUGCCGGUACGAGGCACCCGGGCCCUUUGCUGUCGGAGCGGAUCGGAAGCGUUCUGAUAAUUGGAAAAUAUUUUGAUUUUUGAGGUUGUUUGUGCCAGGCUCGCUCAACCGUUGACAGUUUCCAUUAACGCCGUCCUACUCGUGCGCUACUUGUCGUGCAAGUGGCAGUGAACGAGACGUUCCGUGAAUGAGGCAGCUUCUCGCGAGGUCGUUAAAAUAUUUUACCUUCUUCCCGGAGGUUCUAUUUAUUUGACAGAACGACAUUACAGACAACAGGGAUGAAAGAGCGAGCAAAACGAACAGCUACACAAAACAACAAACCCGCAAUAGGCCACCAUCAACGGCGUUGAGCUCGUGGAAAUUGUGCGUUUGUAAGCAGUUUUUUAUUGUCCGGUUUUUCCAUGCUGCAAAAAGUAGCAUGAAAAAAACAUCCGGCCCUCCACUAUUUGUCGUGUUCGGUUCGGGUUGGGUUGGUUUGUGAUCUUCUUUGCAAACCAUUCUUUCCCAACCCCACCCAAAGUCCCGGGAGUCUCACGCCUUGGCCCGGUCUUGUUUUGACUGUUUGAACAGGCAAUUUAUUUGACUCCAUCCACCAUUGUUCUGGCCGCGAAUGAUUGAUAGCAUUAUGCCGGUCGAUGGAAGCCACCGGGGGGGCAGGGGGUUUCUAUGUUCCGGUUCAGUCUCAGUUCAUUACCUUGAAUCAUCCGGCCUGCCAGCACGCCACAGCCACCACGACCACCACCAGCUGCAGCCGGGUUAUCCCAGCUUCAUCCGAAAUCCUUCGACUUCGAAUCCUGCUACGACUCACCCCACGCCGGCAUUUUCUUCCCCGACGACAGUCACCGUGCGCACCUUGCCCCGAAAAGCGGGGGGUGGGGUGGUGGGUUGUCUUAUGGGAACAGAAAUAAUAAUGCCCUAUUGUUUGAAUAUAGGACCAAAGCGGGUGGCAUCAUAAAUUCUAGGAAAUAAUAACAAUAACAAUAAAAAUCUCUUUGUACAUAAUAAACUCCUUCCAACGGUGGGUGGCGCACGGGUGGUGGCCACCUAGUGCCAGGACAAAAAGGCGGCACAUCAGGUUAUCCGAGCGGACGGAACACACACACACACAGGCAGAGAAAGACCGGUAGUAGUAUGGAAACACAUUUUCCCGGGCACAGUUGUAUCUUUGAUUAAGUAUUCGAUAAGCCGCCAUAACGAGCGAGAUAAGGGGUUGGAAUGUUGUUUGGGAUAGGGUUGUUGUUUUUUUCCGGUUUUCGGUUUUGUUCUCGUUGUUGUUUCAUUGUUGGUGCAAGCUGGAUGGACGGCCUCAUCAACGGUUGGUUGGUUGGUUGGUAUUGUCGUCGGACACUCGGUGGAAACAUAUUUUGCGGGUGACUUGUGAUUUGUUGCCAAAUUUUGGAUGGAAUUUUCUAUGUGUUUUUUUUCCCUCGCGCUGGAAUCUCCCUGGAAACCCCCGCCCAGACACGCUUAAUGAAGUGUAGCGUACACCAUCACAAACAAAAAACGCACCAGCUUUAAUUAUGUUCAAAACACGAGCAACAGCCUUCUUUAUUAUUAAUAGACCAACUUGACCGCCCAAUGUCCUCGGGGGACAUAAAACAGGAGCUUAUAAUUAUGCUUAAUCUUAUUUGAAGCGUUUUUGUUUCCUUUUUUUUUGGGUUAGAAUAAUAGCCUGGCCUUUUUUAUGAGUUCCAAUUCGAUGCGAAAUGAUAGCCGAAUCCGAGGUCACAAGACACAUCUUUUAACCAGCAUGUUUUGGAGUAAGUUUGGGGGACAAAACAAGGUAGUGGGAAAAAUAACUAAAACAUUUUGUUUCCUGCCACAGAACAGUAGUUCCGUUUUUAAAAACGCAAGAUUAAUGAAGUAUUAUUAUUGGACGUGCUACCGCAAAGCUGGAUAAUUAUCGGUUUGCGUGUCACAGCGUCAACAGCACGACACUUCAACCAAACCAAACCAAACUUUUCCGUUCCCGUAAAACGUAAAUAAACAACACUCCGAACACUGGGCACGGAUGGCGUGCAGGACGGUCAAAAAAACCCUCUGUUCAAAUAGAUACUAACAAACAAAACGGCUUGAACAAAGAAAAGGGUGAAAAAACAAAAAACAAAAAUACCAAAGGUGUGAAAGAGGAUUUUAUCUUUGUUGAAUUAAUUUUAAUAGGAUUUCUAAAGACUGACCUUUCUGAAAUACAAACUCGUUCUAUCGGUGGUUAAAACGGGGCGAAGUAUGCUGCGAUGCCUGUAAUUUAAAAAACACAAACAGAACAAACAAAACAUAAGUGAAAAGAAACAUUACAAACUAAACGAUUACAAAGAAUUGAUUUGCUGAGCAAAAUGAAAGGCAGCACGUAAAGAACACACAUCUAAAGGUAAAUGUUUCCAUCGCGAAGCAUUUCUUUCCCCUCGGACGAACAAAAAGAGCUUUUAUUUCGAUUUUUCAUCAACAAAACAAACAAAAAAAACGGUGGAAAAAAUAUUCUCUCCCGUGUUCUAGGCGAGGUUGUUAGAGGGAGUACAUAGGACUAUUAUUGUGUGCGUGUGCGUGUCGUCGUUCAAAGCCAAUUCCGAAUAUUAAACUAAGGCACUGUAGGUAUGCAUCGAGGAAGCCUGGUCGCGUCGAUGCGAACGUAACAAAUUAAGGAAACCAUUCUUCCGGGCGACUACGUACAACUUUUUCUCGUACCCUGCUAGCCGCUGCUGUCACUAGUCGCUCGAACUGGCAGGGCGCUCCGGCUAACUCAAACCCAUUCUAAGAAAUCAUUAAGCACUUGCCAAAACGCGACCAGAGACCAGAGAGAGGGAGAGAGUCAGAGAGAAGUUGCAAAGAAGGAGAAGCAAAUGUACUUUUAACAUUGUAAAUAUUUCCGAAAUUAAUGAGCUAUCUCAAGAUAUUGUGACAAAAGCGAGCGCGCGACGACACGCAGCAGCAACAACCAAACACUCGAUGGGAAAUUGAAACUACAUGUAAAGCACACACAAACACACACACCGAAGAAAAGCACGCAACCCACAAACAAAGUGUAAUGUGCAAAAUGCAGCCGCGAGUUGCGAAACAAGACGAGCGCGAUAGUAGAAUCAAAAACGAGUAACGAAAGAGGCGAACGUGGCGAAUGCUCGAAAUAAAUGCGACACAAGCGUUGAAAUUGAA